UGAUGCGUGUUAUUGCAAACAAAGAAAAAAUAGUGUAGUUUAGAAUUAUUUAUUUUAUUUCGAGCUAUUAGCCAGUACACAACAAUAUUUAGCAAAAAAUAUUGUUUUAUUUAUUUAAAUUAUUUAAAAAUUAAUUUAAUAAGUCAUUAUGAGUUCAGAAUUAGUACUAGGCAUACGAUUGAAUUCACAAAAUUUGACAACUAUCAAAUUACGCGAUAUUAAUUUAAAAAAUAGAGUAGAAGAUUUAAGAUACAAGACUGCAGCAAAAGUUAAUUUAUCCAAGGAGUCAUUUGAGCUUAUAUAUUGUGGAUGUAUUCUGGAAGAUGACAUAACUUUAGAAGCUUGUGGACUUAAAAGUGGUGCAAUGGUGCAUGUUUUAAUGAAAAAGGAAGUAGAACCUCCAGUACCAAUAAAAUAUAUAUCAGAAGAAAGUAUCCUACAGCUGGCUUCUACAUUUAAAUCUUUUAUUGAAAAUCCUGCAUUUAGAAGCGCUUUACAUCGUUUAAGUAAAAGACCAGAAGUUAUAGAUAACAUUAUUUCAUCAUCUCCUGGAUUGCAUGAAGACUCUGUUGCAAUUGCUAUGUUACAAGAUCCUGAUCUGAUGGGUCAUUUUACAGAUAUAGAUACUAUUAAAAGAAUUGCUGAAUUACAUCCAGUACUUAUAGAAGCUGCACAAAAUUUAGCUGCUGCUGUACACGAAGAAGCUCAUAACAAUGCUACUGCUGGUUCUAAUUCCUCCAUGUUGAAUACACCACCUACCGCGUACUCUUACAGUUUAGAUAAUUUGAGCGAUGAUGAAGAAAUGGCUGGAGAUUCUUCGCAAUCCUCAGACUCUACUCAACCAUCGAAUUUAUCUGCUAAUUCAUCGAACACUAUUACUACAGCACGACUUGCGGCUGCUCUUUCAAGAGCAGGAAGUCGCGCUUUUCCAUUAUCAAACUCUCCAUCUUCUACAUCAGCUAGUAGUACAAAUUCAGGUGUUAUAACUACCGAGAUGUUUACACAAGCUAUGCAACAAGCAUUUGCAACGACUCCUGCUUCAACAGCUCCAGCAGCUCCAACAGCUCCAACUUCAUUAUCACCUAUGUUACAUCCCACUCUUCCAGAAUCCACAGAUUUACAAAGACAAUUGGCGCAAAUGCACGAAAUGGGCCUUCAAGACGAUAAUACUAAUGUUCAAGCUUUAAUACUAACAAAUGGGAAUGUACAAGCGGCGAUCGAACUUGUAUUUAAUAGUUUUAGUGAUAAUUAGGAAAUUUAUAAUAAAAGCUCAUUUUCAAAAUCACCAA